UAAACACAACUCACACUUCGAAAUUUCUUAUUAUUAUUUUCGUCAAUAUUUUUCCGUUUCUCUCUCAAAUUCCCAGUUUUCAUUUCUUCCACAACUCGCACGCACGCUUCCAAUUUCGUUGUCAAUCAAUCGUUCUAGGUUAGGGUUUCGAUUCAUUUCUCAUUCGAUUCGAUCCGCGGGUUCAAUUCACAACUGCAGAUACCCUAUUUACCUCCCACCGACGACGCUAUGGGAGGUGACGCUGCUGAGAGUGCGACGGAGCCACAAACCACCGACGGAGUUAAGAUCAACAUUCGUUGCUCCAAUGGUUCCAAGUUUUUCGUUCAUGUUAGCCUCGAUUCCACCGUUCGUUCCUUCAAGGAUGUCGUCGCUCAGAACUGCGAUAUCUCUGCUGACCAACAACGGUUGAUUUAUAAGGGCCGGAUCCUCAAGGACGAUCAAACCCUUCAAAGCUACGGUUUGGAGGCAGAUCAUACUGUUCAUUUGGUCCGUGGUUUUGCGCCUGCCAAUACAACUGGUGGGACUAAUACCAGCGGUGCGAAUACCACAACUACUAAUGCUAGAGCUGCUGGUGCUAAUGAGGGUGGGGGAUUAGGAGGAGCUGGACUUGGAGCUUCACUGUUUCCAGGACUAGGUAUCAAUGGGAUGGGUGGAGGUGGUGGUCUCAAUAGCUUAUUUGGAGCGGGACCUCCAGAUCUUGAUCAAUUGCAGCAACCAUUGAUGUCAAAUCCUAAUUUAGUGAGAGAAAUUAUGAACUCGCCUGCCAUGCAAAAUUUAUUAAAUAACCCUGAUAUAGUGCGCAACCUUCUAAUGAGUAACCCACAGAUGCAAGAGCUAAUGGAUAGAAACCCUGAGCUGGCACACAUACUUAAUGAUCCAAGCACACUUCGCCAGACACUUGAGGCUACAAGGAACCCUGAGAUCAUGCGUGAAAUGAUGAGGAAUACGGACAGAGCAAUGAGCAAUAUUGAAUCUUCUCCUGAGGGGUUCAACAUGCUGAGGCGCAUGUAUGAAAAUGUUCAAGAACCAUUUUUAAAUGCCACCACAAUGGCUGGUAAUACAGGAAAUGACAGUACCAGAAAUUUGGGGACUCAAGGUGGCCAAACAAGGAAUCAAUCGACCAAUCCCUCAACUACCAGUGCUGAAGCAACUUCCCCUGUACCCAAUACUAACCCACUUCCUAAUCCUUGGUCAUCUGCUGCUGCAACUGGAGGUGCCCAAAGUAACGUCAGGAGGUCAACUACUGGUGUGGAAGCUCGGCAGCAGACACCCACUGGCUUAGGUGGGCUUGGUAUACCAGAUCUUGAAGGCAUGUUGGGUGGUAUGCCAGAUUCCGGUUCAUUGUCCCAAUUUAUGCAAAAUCCAGCUAUUUCACAAAUGAUGCAAAGUAUCCUUUCCAAUCCUCAAACAAUGAAUCAGAUUCUUGGUAUGAAUACUGAUCAACGUGGGGUGCCUGAUCUAAAUUCAAUGAGAGAGGUGAUGCAAAACCCAGAGUUUCUUCGCAUGUUUUCCUCACCCGAGACUAUGCAGCAACUCUUGUCUAUGCAGCAAGCUCUUAUGACUCAGCUUGGUCAGCAGCAAUCAACACAGGAACCAGGUCAAACAGGUGGAGCCACCGGACCAGCGAACAAUGUGGGGCUGGAGAUGUUAUCGAGCAUGUUUGGUGGACUUGGAGCUGGUAGCCUAGCUGUUCCCAACAGAUCAAAUGAGCCACCAGAACAAUUGUAUGCUACCCAACUCUCUCAGCUUCAAGAGAUGGGAUUCUUUGACACGCAAGAAAACAUAAGGGCUCUCAUUGCUACAUCAGGGAAUGUUCAUGCAGCAGUUGAGCGGCUUUUGGGGAACUCCGGACAGUAGCAGGUGGGAAGGGACACAAGACUAGCAAUUAAAUAGCCCAAACGCUAAAGUCUGGUGCGAGAUAUUAUCAGAUUAGUUUCGAUUUUCGUCAUCGGAAUUAUAUGUUCAAACAAAUCUGUUUAUUUUUUUUACAUCUAUAAUUACUAAUCAUACAUUGAACUACAAGAAAAUACAAGGGCCUUUUGUACAAUACGUGUUUUUAACUUAUACGUUUGCAAUGAUUGGCCUCAAUGUAUAAUCAAAAGAAGGGGUUCUAGUCGGAAGAUCUCAUUAUAAGACAAUUUUUUAUUUUCCUUGGUGCUUUCA